AUGGGGUCAUCCCAAGGAUCCACGCUGACGAAGUCACCCAGUGCUACGGCGGCGGCGGCGAAUAUGGAUGUGCAUUUGGUGGAUCUGCUUCCGAUCUUUGUCAGAGAGCUCAUUGCUGGGGGAGCGGCAGGUGCGUGUUCAAAGACGGCUGUUGCUCCCUUGGAACGGGUUAAAAUACUCCUACAGGUUGGUGGGCAAUUCAUCGACAUAUUUAGUAAUGUCGUUCUCCUUCCGGGAUAUUAUGUACUGAGGAUUGGGGUUUGAUUCUCAUGCGGUAAACAUGAUGAACCUAUUUUCUGCUAUGGUGAUUUAUCUCUACUCCAAUCUUAACAUCUAAUCGUAAACUUGAUUUGUCCUUUGGGAGCUUCUUUUGGAAAACUAUUGCUCUCCAUGUGAUAAUCGUAUUUUCCUAGAAUGCCAGUCCAUUUUCCUUGGCUGUCACCAUCAAUUUCUUAUGCUACGUUAAGUAUUUUCGCGAAAUCUGUAAGAAAAUUCUGGCUAGAUCAGGAAAUGCUGCUCCUAGUAAUCAUGAGCUUGAAUUAUAUCCACUUUCCUCCUGCUCCUUUGAUCUCUUGCUUUCAACCGGAGUGUAUGCAUAUUAUAGAAUUAUUUUAUAUAUUUCUAUGCAUAUUCUUAUGAGGAAUGCCAAUUGGCAUUUGACGUUGCAUGAAACUUAUUUGCAUAUGCAGUUUCCUUGUAAGGUAGUAUAUAGAAAAAAUUUUCUUAACAUAGAUUACUCGGAGCAUUGCCUUUUCUUGAAUGGAAGAUUGAUUGCUCACCAAAAAAUCCCCAUUCUGCCAAAAAAAUCCAACGCUCAUUUAUUUUGUUACUAGUAUUAAAGGGAGGGGCUUUUCAUAAUUUCAACAUUUGCUCAGGUUUAAGUGUAGUUGAAUUAAACCAAUGUGAGUUAGAGAGUAUUAGCAAGUUUAUAGUAUUACCAUGUAAUAGAUAUGCACGUAACAACGAAAUUGUAACAAAAUUUGUUAUGGUGUAAUGUAAGCAAAUACAUUUCUUUUGAGGAGAAUCCAGUACCUUUAUCACACCUCAUAAAUUUCUCCUACUCUUUUUUAUGGUGUGAUCUAUGGGGGUCUUGGAAAAGGUACAAAGAGAUAUUAUACAUGCUGUCUUAAUGGCGGAAUGGUGUAAGGGUCAUAAAAAUAUUGGAAGAUGCGAACGUUACUUGGACUGCCGAGUACUUAAAACUAAAGAAAUAUAUCCAGCUAAAUUUCAUUGAUUGUGAGAUUUAUUUAACAGCAACCCUGCUUUGAGCUUUGAUACAGAUUGGAGGAAGAUUCUGUGUUGGAGAAUAUAAUGUGUAAGUCUGUGUAAGAUGGAUACAUCAUUGUAAAGUAGAGGCUGUACAAUGCGGCUUCUUGUGGAUUAAAUAAUGUGUUCAAAUUAUAACUUAUAGAGUCGAUGCAUGUGGUGAAUUGAUCUGCUCAACGACUUCAUUAGUUUGUUCGUUGAUCGAUUGAAGACAGAGGCAUUCUGAUUAGAAUUAUAAACGAUUGCCUUCAUAACACAUUUACUGAGUGGCAUUCUAUGCCAGCUUUUUCAUUAUUAUUUGUGAACGGAUUUGAGAAUGCCAUUACUCAGUACAAAGCAUGACGUCAUCAUGUGCGAGUAUUUCUGGUGUAAUUUGAAUUAUCUUGUUGGUUAUAAUAUGAUGCAGCAGGCUGACAAUUACAGGUGAUGAAUUUGGACAGGAAAGGAUAAAUGUGGCAGUGUUCUGUCAUAUUCUUAUAUUGCCUUCACAUUUUAAUAGGUUUUUGUUGUUGACUAUUUCACAUUAUCAUGCAAUCAACGUUUUUGUUGUGUGAUCAUUUCAAUCAAUUCAUUCUCUUCAUCAUCAUCUGUGUGUGUUGUAUGGUCUUUUUUUUUUUCCAUUUCCGGUAUUAGUUUUCAUUGACAUUAUUUUAUUUUAUUACUAGACAAGGACUCAAGUGUUUCGCUCUCUUAGCAUAGUCCAAUCCCUAAGGAAAAUAAGGGAACAUGAUGGCCUUGUGGGAUUCUACAAGUAAGUCUUGAAGUAUUGAUCACCACUAGUACCUUUAUGUUAAAUCUUGGCAUAUUUCGCUUGAUUUUUUGCUCUGAAUGGCAGAGGAAAUGGUGCAAGUGUGCUUCGUAUUGUCCCGUAUGCAGCAUUACACUUUAUGGCAUAUGAGCAGUACCGUUGCUGGAUCUUGGCCAAUUGUUCAUCCCUGGGUACAGGACCUUUUGUUGAUCUGUUAGCUGGUUCGGCAGCCGGAGGGACUGCUGUUUUGUGCACGUAUCCACUUGAUCUGGCCCGGACAAAACUUGCUUAUCAGGUCAGAUGCGCUAUAUCUUUUUUGAAUGUCAAUUUAUUUGUGUCUUCUUUGCUGGCUUGUUGUGUGAUUUUGUGUCUUUUUCGUUCUCACUGUGGUUUAUGAUUUGUUAUUGUUUCAUUGAUUUGAGUGUCAUAUAAAACUUUGAACAAUAUUUCUGACUGUUUGACAGAGAGGCUAUCUAAGUUCGUUUACUGAAAGUUAAAUUAUCGUCAUUGGCUGUGGCCGAUCUUAAUUUUGUCGCUCUAGGUACAUUGUAUAUCUGACAAGGUAACGUAAUGUUAAUACUUUUAACAUCUAAGUCUUCUCCCUCUUAAGAAAAAGAAAUCAGUCCUAAGGUUCCUUCAGCGUACGUUUCACCUCUUUUUUUAUUGAUUUUCGUUUCUCUUUUCUAGUUUUUGCUUCUUUUUCAUGGAAUGAUUUGUGCUUUACUGGAAGGGUUGUGAUCAGCAGGGUUUAACCAGAUGAUGAGGCUGAUUUUUCCAUCUUGAUUUAUUCAUUUAUUUAUUUUUGGUUGUGAUGAGAUUAGACCAUUUUCGAGACAGUCUGAUGGGAUUGGCCGCCCUGAGUGCGAAGAAAAGAUAUACUGCUAGACUCAGUCUCCCGGAAUAACUGGCAACAAAGUUAUAAACUGGAUAAAUUGAAAUGAAAAGGAGACGUUUCCAAUUCCUCGAAAUCCUGGUUCAAUGUGCCCUCUUCGUUGGGUUGCUGCUCUAAAAAACCAAGUUAAACGGGCGGAAGAAACCAUCUCCAAGAAUAAAAUUCUAAUUUGAAACCAGUAAGUGCGGUGUAGUGAUUCUGAAUCACCCGCACCUCCCAAGGUGACCAUCGAGAAUUCUCAUUAGCCUUAGUUAAUUGAAACUCUUGUGCUGAGGUACGUUUUUCCUACUUGAAGGAAUCCUUUGGGAUCCGUAGCAGUGAUUCUUGAAGGCUGUUGAGCGUGCCCUUUAGAUUUUUUUUCAGUCUUUGCAUUCUUCAUCCAUUACUAAUGUUCUAGUGUCAAAUUGCAUCAAUUAAUCUAUGAUUCCUGUUAGUAAUCUAAUCACACAUUUCAUAUAGUGCAAUUAGGACCAGCUAAAAUCCACUUUAUCAUGCAGUGAUGGCUGAUGCUUUUCAUGGUGGCAUAUGAGAUAUAGAUGAAGUUUUGCCAAUGAUCAAAGCUUACUUCACAUCUUGCCAUCAGUUGCAAUGUGUUGCCACAUUUGGACUAAAAGUUUGACCGAUGGGUUGCAUGGUCAAUAUACUCUUUCUUGUCAAAUCUAGGUGAGAGAGGUGGGAUCCAAGUCUCCCAUUGUCACAAGCAGAUUGAGCGGGGGACAAUCGUACAACGGAAUAAGAGAUGUUUUUAAGUCUGUGUACAUGGAAGGAGGCAUACGUUCUCUCUAUCGUGGGAUUGGUACAGAUCUCACCUCUUCUUCUCCCUUAUCCUUACCGUUCCAUGGUUGACUAAGUGCCCGAUUGCUAUCAUCCGCUAUGCGGCGGUUCAUCUGCAUCAACGCUGACUUCAACCCUGUCGCCUCAUUUAGGUCCAACUCUCAUCGGUAUCCUCCCAUAUGCCGGUCUGAAAUUCUACAUAUACGAGGAGCUCAAGGCUCAGGUUCCCGAGGAGCACCACGAUUCUGUGAUUCUGCGUCUAUCUUGCGGGGCCUUGGCUGGCCUCUUUGGGCAGACGUUGACCUACCCGUUGGAUGUGGUUCGGAGACAGAUGCAGGUAAUUCGCCAUCUUCAGAUGUUGACCUACCCAUAUUCUGAUCCCGUGCAUGCUCGUUGACUCCGCGGAAAAACUCCAGGUGCAGAGCCAUCGGAAAGUGUCGGCCCCCGAGAAUGAUCCCAGGAUCAGGAGCACAAUGCAGGGGCUCGCCACCAUCAUCCGGAGUCAAGGGUUUAGGCAACUAUUUGCUGGGCUAAGCCUGAACUAUCUGAAGGUACGUGAUUUCCGAAACCAGCAAGAUAAAUCGAAAAAUUUGCCUGCCCACGUUGGCAAAUACCAGCAAGAUCGAGUUGACCUGUUUAUACACGAAUGAUGAGCUCUGCUGACUGAUCUCCCUGGUUAUUCGUCAACGCAGGUGGUGCCCUCCGCCGCCAUCGGGUUCACUGCCUACGACAAGAUGAAGGCCCUCCUGCGGGUGCCCCCCAGGGAAAGGCCCCCCCGCUCCACGUCCCCGGUGAAUUGA